AUGCCUUUAGCCACUGCUCAUUUGAUCGCUCUCGCCAGCACAUCUUCGAUUCCCUCCUAUCUGAAAGCUCUGGACUCGGCCUCUAUCAAACCAUUAGUGACCUCAAGGGUCAUCAGGUGGAUCAUAAAGCCAGAGAAACUGUCAACCCAUCUCACAAACACAAACUGGGACCUCUUGCUUAUACUACCGGCCACCACAACGAUCCCGAGUCACUGUCUCAGCGAAAACUUUGUUACUCGUCAUUGGAGCAUUACUGCUGGUGUGCCGAAGAGUCUCGUAAACAACUUUCAAGAACGGAAUCAACGCCUCCUAAAUCCUCAGCCGGGCGAUGUUCCGGAGCUCACUGGAUCUUUGAACAAACCAAGGAUUGUCUCUUCAACUCAAGGUCUCGAACUCAACGACGAGCUGUUAUCAUGGAGCAAGGGUUUCAAGCUGGGUCAGAACGGUGCCGUGAGCAUGCUAAACCUGCUUUCAUUCAAGCCUGGCAAAGAAGCACAUGAGAGCUACCUCCGUUAUGGCAAGGCUUUUGGUGAAUCUAUCGGAUCGAAGCGCGGCGGUAAUGCAAAAGUGGUGGGCAAAGUCAUCCCGGACCAAGGAACGCCUGACGAGGACCGCUACGGGUGGGACGAAAUCGCCCUGGCUCACUACCCAAGUAUAAGACAUUUCACCGACAUGCUGGCUUCGGAAGACUAUCAGAAAGUAAACCACGAGUCAAGGCUGCCGGCACUACUGGACACCUGCAUCUUGUGCACCAGCGAGCUGGAUACAGAGCUUUCAACUGUGAACAAGGCGCGACUAUGA